AGCUAGAUGGCUUCUGGGCGGAAGUAGAGUUCGGCUGUUUGAUUGGCUCUGCAGCUGGGGGUCUUUUAUGUAGAAACACAGGAUGAAGUGAUCUGAUCCUCGUAAAACAUUCAUCGUGAUCUAUUGAUUUAUCUUGUCCUAAAAGCUUCUUCUUCCAGCGCACUGUGGACAUGUGAAGACUGUAGGUGGAUCUGUAAAGGUGGAUAAACAGUAAAAGUCGAGGUCUGAUCAGCAGCUCCUCACCUGCUGCAGUUCUUUCCAGAAAUAAAGAGCAGCAAAAAUCAGCAAACAUGCAGGAAUAUGCAGCCAAGAAGAAAACUCACCACUGCUCAGACUGUGGGAAGAGUUUCACCCAUCUAAGUUUGCUCAAAUCCCAUCAGCUCGUUCACACUGGAGAGAAACCCUAUCACUGCUUAGAUUGUGGAAAGAGGUUUAAUCGACGAAGUAAUCUCUACACACACCAGCGCAUUCACACUGGAGAGAGACCAUAUCAAUGCUUAGUGUGUGAAAAGAGUUUUAAUCAACAGGGUUCGUUCCUUCAACACCAGCGUGUUCACACUGGAGAGAAACCGUAUCACUGCUCGGAGUGUGGGAAGAGUUUUAAUCAUCAGAGUGCUUUCCGAGUACACCGGCGCAUUCACACUGGAGAGAAACCGUAUCACUGUUCAGACUGUGGGAAGAGUUUCAAUCAACGGAGUCAUUUCAUCACACACCAGAGCAUUCACACCGCAGAAAAACUGUAUCAGUGUAUAGAAUGUGGGAAGAGAUUUAAUCACCAGAGUACUCUCCAACAACACCAGCGCAUUCACACAGGAAUAAAACCAUAUCAAUGCUCAGAGUGUGGAAAGAGUUUUAAUCAACCCAACCAACUAAACACGCACCAGCGAAUUCACACUGGAGAGAAACCGUAUUACUGUUCAGAGUGCGGCAAAAGUUUUAAUCAUCAGAGUACCCUCCAAAAUCACCAGCGCAUUCACACCGGAGAGAAACCGUAUCACUGCUCAGAGUGUGGAAACAGUUUUAAUCAACUAGGUCAUCUCAAAACACACCAGCUCAUUCACACAGGAGAGAAACCGUAUCACUGCUCAGACUGUGAAAAGAGUUUUAGGCAUUUAAAGACUUUAAAUAGACACAAGUGUACAAAGAUGAGUGCUGGAAAUGAGCAGGAUAUUUUUUGUGCACCACAGCACCAUUCUGGCAAUGAAAAUUAAAUGUAGUGAUAUUCCUUCACUUUCUGUGUGUGAGAAAAUUAAAGGGCUAAAUGCUGUAUGUGUGAGAAAGUU